GGUGGCGGCAAAAGGAGGAAGUGAGCGUAAUGAGCUGUGGGAAGAAGGGGACCCGCCGCACACAUUUGUUUCUCUCUCGCUCUGAGCACCACGUGACCCCCGCGGCCGUGGUGCUUCCAACGCCUCCCUUAAUUCAGUCCAUCGGCCGCCUUUGAUCGGCGACGACGACGAAGACCAGCUGGACACCGGACAGGCCCUCGUUAGCAUCAUGUUUCGGACAGUCAUAUUUGCACCGUUGAUUUGAGUCAAGGUUAGUCACAAGCUGACGAUGGAGACCACAGGGCCCAAUGAGACUUUCGUGGACGUGAGUUCGCCUCGAACGAUGGCUUGGACCGAUUCGUUUGCGGACUUCAACCAAACUGUCCUGCAGGAUGUCGAGCUAUCAAAAUUCCCUCGUUCUUUGUCAACGUUUACCUCUGUUAUCACCAUCCUGAUUCUCAUUCUCGGGGUCUUGGGCAACUCGCUGACCAUUUGGGCCCUGCUUAAAUGUCCCAGGGUGCGCAACGUCGCCGCCGUUUUCAUUAUCAGUUUGUGCGUGGCCGACUUGCUGUUCUGCGUGUUGGUGUUGCCAUUCAGCGCCUCGCGAUUCCUGCAUGGAACAUGGAUCCAUGGCAUGACUAUGUGCGUCUUGUUCCCUUUCAUGCGCUAUGGCAAUAUUGGAGUUUCACUGCUCUCCAUCACCAUGAUCACCAUCAACAGAUACGUUAUGAUAGCACAUCACAAUUUGUACGCGCGUAUUUACCGGAAGCAUUGGAUCGCCGCCAUGAUUGCCUUCUGCUGGGUUUUCAGUUAUGGCAUGCAGUUACCAACCCUGUUUGGCAUUUGGGGCUCCUUUGGUUAUGACACCAAACUGGGGACGUGCAGUAUUUUGGAAGACGAACAAGGCAGGUCAAGUAAGGCUGCGCUUUUUAUAAUGGCCUUUGUCGUACCCUGUUUUGUGAUCAUCCUUUGCUACGCGCGAAUCUUCAUGGUCGUCCACGAGUCUGAGAAAAGGAUGCGUUUGCACGCGAACGUCAAUGCAGCGCGUUCGCCGACAGGUACGGUGGGACGCACGGAAAAGGAAAACAAACGGAAGCGCAACGAGUGGCGCAUCACGAAAAUGGUGCUUGCCAUCUUCCUUUCAUUCAUCAUUUGCUACCUACCCAUUACCAUUGUAAAAAUCGCGGACAAGGCGGUUAAAUUCCCUGGACUGCAUGUUAUGGGCUACCUGUUGCUCUACAUGUCGGCGUGCAUCAACCCCUUGAUCUACGUGAUCAUGAACAAACAGUACCGCCAAGCCUAUAAGACGGUGCUCAAGUGUCAGCGAGGCCGACUGCUCUCGUUCACGCACGCUGGCAACACCAGUCAGCAGGCCGGUGAGAACCCUAAAAGUUCUUUGCAUGAGAAAUCGCGAGACCAAAACUGCAGCAGGACUAUGAUGUCACAGGUGUCCAUUGCGUUAAAUCCAAUGGGCAACGGUGGCACCAGUGAUGACAUGCCUGACGUCUUCGAUGAGUCAAGCUAGAGUCUCUCUUGACAUGUGUAGAGAUGUGAAAAUAAACAAUAUAUAUUUAUUUGUCAGAAGUGCAAUUUUUGAAAAUCAACAAGUGAACAUCAACAAAGGAAAAAAUUCUCGUCAUUAUUAUGUAAAUAAUGUACCAAGUACACAUUUUUUAAUUAAUAAUACACAUUGACUUAAGAUCUGUAUAAUAUAAAACUUAAGGAACUCUAGUUUUGUGGAUUCUAUCACCACAACUGCACUGCGCUUGGUUAAUAUAAAUUUAAUAAAAUUUAAAAUUGGUGUAAAAAUCAACUAGUUAAAUUUUUAUGCUUUUUUUAACAAAAAUUGCUCUGUUUAAAUAAAAUUUUGAGACAAGGAAAUUUUUAUUUUUGCUUUUUAGUGUAUUACUUUCAUGAUCAGUGCAACAAUGUGAAAUGAAAAUGAAAAGUACAACAAUGCAAAAUCGUUU